CUUAAUAUUGCCGGUCCUAGUACAAAUAUCCGUCCUAAUACAUCUUAAGUUUGCCUUCCAAGCUAAGCCAAGAAUUUGGCAAUUUCUAGAGGAAACUAAAGAGUGACUUGGUCAAGGAACAAUUUUAUCUGUCUUAUGAGGAUUCCCUCUAUUUCAUCAAACUUAGAUUUCAUGCUGCCCUGAUUAUCAAAAGCCGAACUCAACAAAGUACAAAGACGUAACUACAACUCGUAGAUAUAGUCUAGAGACCUCCUCAAAUAUUCUCUCAUUGGAUACUUUAUACUACUCUCACUCUUAUAAAUACAUUGCUUCAUAGCAUGACUCAAAGUGGAGAAGCAUAAGUGCAUGAAAAUCUCCCCUAAAAUGGGUCAAAGCAAUGCAGUUGAGCACUAGCAUCAGAGAACUAAAUUAUAAGGAAGAGAUAGUACUAUAGGUUUCGAGAAAGAUGGUUAAGAAGAGAAAAGGAAGUGAGGAGGAAGAGGAGAAAGAAAGCAGUACUAAUGAUGGAAACAUGGGUUGGGGCCAGGUUAUGGAGGCAGCUUCAGCAGCAUCAGCAGCACUAUGCGAAACUAGGAGAGCAAGAAAACGAUAUGUUGGUGUUCGCCAACGGCCUUCAGGGAGAUGGGUGGCGGAGAUCAAAGACACAAUACAGAAGAUAAGACUGUGGUUAGGCACUUAUGAUACUGCUGAGGAGGCUGCAAGAGCUUAUGAUGAAGCAGCUUGUCUGCUCCGCGGUGCUAAUACUCGAACAAACUUUUGGCCUUGUUCGCCAUCUCCUAAUUCAAGGCCAGCUCUUCCCUCAAGGAUCGCUAAUCUUCUCCUUCUUAGACUUAAAGCUAGAAAUAAUGCCUGUGCUACAAUGUCUUCCUCUCUCCCCACUAACCAAGUACAAGAGCAAGCAAUACAAGCAAAAGACAACAUGUUUGAUAGCUUCUUCAAUGUGCAAGAAUAUUGCAACGUGAAUGAAGAUAGUGAUAAUGUAAGCAACAUGGUUAGUGAUAUAACAACGAGUGAUUACAUGACUGAGAGUUUCGAAUCAAAUUUCCCGGGAACUAAUGACCGUGAUCAUCCGGGAGCUUCCGGUACUUUUGAAAAUGAUAGUAUUAGUUUUGAUGAUACUAAUCAUUGUGAAGGGAAGAAAGAGAAAGAAGAAGAGGAGGAAGACUUGAAUACAGGGCUCGUGGAUCUUCGGUUCGUGGAUAUGGUUGAAUCAUCUACUUAUUUCUAUCCAUUUGAGAUUGCAGAAGAAAUGGUGGAUCCGAUGGAUAUGGAGAAUUCUGAUCACCAUGAGUCGUCAAUACUCGGAGGGACCAUGAAGAGGAUGAUGUAUGAGCGCAAGUUCUCAGCUUCACUUUACGCCUUCCAUGGAAUAUCCGAAUGUAUGAAGCUGAAGCUUGGUUCUGAGUUGGCAGAAGGAGAAGAACGGUCAGGACAACUAUCUAAACUUCAAAAUAACUCUAACAAUGAAGAGGAAAAGAGGAAGGAAGAUGAUAUUUUUCAGGAAGGAGUGCAAGAACAGAUUGGAGUUCUACAAUCACCAACAGGAAUAGAGUCUUUGAGCUCAGAAAGUGGUGAACUUUAUCUUUGGAGCAAGCUCAAUCUUCUCCUAUCUUCUUUAUAACAGAUAAAAUGACCCCCUAAAUAGAUUAUUCUUUUAUAAUGUACUAGUUUCUGCCAGAUUUUUUAAUUUUCCAUCAAGCAAGAAAAUUGAUAAUAAUAAUAAUAGUUCUCUGCUGAGCAACUAC